AUGGGUGCAGUUCGAUCAACUGGCAGAUUCUACCUGCUUACAUGUCCUCGAACAGGAUCAAACCUCCUCAUGAAAAUCCUGGCUCUCGAGGGCCAACCGAACGUUACCUACCGCGAAGAUGGAGGCUACUUUUUCUCGCCACUCCAUCUCCUGAGAUAUGAUCAAAAUCGUGUUGGCGCACACGUCGAAGAGUUGACACCCGACCAGAAGGAAAAUCAGAUAAAGUGCGUGAAGGGUUGUUUUAAUACUCUCCUCCGCCACGUUAAGGAGGCUGAAUCGGACGGAAAGCUGGUGGUUGUCAAGGAGCACACGCAUUAUCUUACAGACCCGGUGGCAGAAACGAGGUUUCUUCAUGGCCAGGAAUGCAUUGCCAAUGAAUUGCCAUGGAUGCUGCGCGGGUUCGACGACCUGGUGCAAACUACCGACGGCCGUUCAACGAAUAACGAAACGUUUUUUUCCGAUGAGUUUUUAAUGACCUGGCGGCCUAUCUUUUUAAUCAGACAUCCGGCAUUAGCUUUCGCCUCAUGGUAUCGCGCCUCUGUCAGGGCCGAUGGCGAAGAGCAAGCUAGAUCAGCUCAGGGGAAACAGGCGUGCAAGAAGGUCAUGACCUUGCGCUGGACGCGCAAGUUAUAUGACUUUUAUGUCCAACAUCUCGACAGCGUCGAUAAAGAUAAUGGUUCGCCUGAGAAGGAAAAGGAUACUGCCGCUUGGCCCCUGGUGCUCGACGCGGAUGAUAUCAUCACCCAGCCUGGGGUUAUUGUCAAGCUCUGCGACAUUGUCGGGCUGGAUAGCGGCAAGUUGAAGUAUAGCUGGGAAAAGGACGAGCAGCAACGACGGCCCGGUAUCAUGGCAUUCAGGUCAACGAUUGAUAGUUCGACAAAGAUAGAUCCUACCAAGGUAGCCGGCCAUGUUGAUAUCGAUCAGGAGGCAGAGAAAUGGCGAGAGGAGUUCGGAGAGGAGAUCGGUCGUCUGGUGGAGGAAUAUGUGCGAGCAGCGAUGCCAGACUAUACAUACCUAAAGGCCAGAAGGCUUGUAGCAUAG